UCUAGGCGGGAGAAUCAAAGAUGGCGUCCAAACGGAGUCUGUACAAACCCGCUCCGGAGGAGAGAGGUCCUGGGACUAAACACAGGAGACCCCUGGCACAAGGUCGUCUGGCUACAGCUGAACCGGCCACAGCUGCCCCGAAUGUACCACAGGAGCAACUUGCACAAGCUCAGACUGCAGGCUUAAGAGAUACUCUGGACGUCACAAGAGGAGCGUUGUCAUACAGACAGUCAGGAGCAGUCCCAGAUGAAACCAUCGGAGAAGAUAUCUCCAGCACACCCAGGAAGAAUCCCCCCAGAGGCAGCAUGUCCCCCGCCCGCCCCAAGCCCACCCUGACAGAUGAGCUGGCAGUGUCAGACCUGGAGUCCUCCAGCGGGGGAAACGGCUCAACACAGAGUAAAGACUCGGCCCCGGUGUUGUACGUGGAUGCCAGUCGAGGUCCCAAGAGUCCAGAGAACACGGAGGUGGACAUUGUGACGUCUGUUGUCCAGUCUCCCAUCAAGGUGGUGUGUCACACCCCUGCAGCCGUCCAGUCAGACCUCAGAAAUACUGGUGACCCCAGGCAGACUGCAAAGGUCACAGUUGAUGCAGUACCGUCCGUGCUGCUAGAGGGGGACACUGACCACACCAUGGGUGUGACAGAACUUCAGCAGUCUGUCCCCAGAUACAAGAUCCCUCUUGUCAUCAGAGAAAAGGACAUUGCAGGAGGCGCUGUUGAUCCAUUCUCCUCAUCGCGUGCCGUGGAGGUUCCUGCAGCAGACACGGACGAGGUGCCAGUCAGGGACACAGACACUCUCUCCACCAGACCAAAAAUCAGACAGCAGUCACAACAUGAUUCUGUGAAAGAUGAAGGAGGUGUAUCUGCUGUUAGUGUCACGAAUUCACAAAGGGAACAGCCAGUGAAGAAGAAAAAGAAACCAAAAGGUAUCAUUGUUGAGUCCCGUUACAUGCAGAAGGCCAAAGCUGCUGUACUUCCUGACAAACCCAAGAUUGGAAAGAGUACACAGUCCUCUGUUCAAACCCCUAAACCAGCCCCCUCCAGAACAACAAGUGCUCCAGCUAAGAGGAAAGUUGCCCAGAGUUCAUCCUUCAACAGAGAGAAAUCAGUGAAGAAGGCAUCAGAACACGGCUCCACACCUAUUAUUGCUGGAAGCAAGAGGUCGACGACCUCCACACCUGUUGUGACUGGCAGUAAGAGGGCAGCGUCCACCCCCAUGGGUGGGGCACAUCCCCACACCCCCUCCAUGACCCUGGGGGACAUCUCAGCCAUCCCCACCGCAGACAGCAUACUCGUCGCACCCUCUACAUCUACUUCCGCAUCUAAAGGCAAGCCUAAGAAAAAGGCCAGUAGUACUGAGGUGACCCAACACCAGCUGGACCUGUGGUACAUCAGGUACCUACAGUGGCUGUACAUCAGCUCUAAGAUGGAAAAAGAUCUCAAGGAGAAGGAGAAACAAUCAUCACAAUACUGCUAUGCACUGUGGGAGAAGAAUGAAGAUCUGAGGAAAAAGAUCACCGAAGGAAAGCAGCGAAUCCACUGUCUGAAGUACCAAAACCUUUUGGACAGACUCCUAAAGCUGCAGGAAGCAGCAUUGCAGCCACUUGUAGACAGUGCUCCCAAGAUGCAACAGGACUACAGUGAGUUUGCCCACGCCUUGGAUACCACCAGGCACCACCUAGCAACCAUCUCUGUAUCUGAUGACGUGGAUAAUGAAGAUUAUAUCAAAAAGCUGUACGAGUCUGUGAAUGAGAUUGAGCAGCUGUUAGGACAGCUGAGUAUCAUGACCAGCAGACAGCUGCCCAAGGUCACCAAGUUCUCCAAGGAGCUGGAGGAACUGCAGAAGACAACAGCAGCCGAGGGGGUUCUACUCAAAAGGAUGGAGGAGCUGGUCGCUGCAGCAGAGAGUAUCAUGACUCAGGAGGUGUCACUGAUCUCACAGGAGAUACAGCUCAACAGGGCAGGGGAUGCUACACAUGACUUCACUUCACAGGGGCUACUACUUUAAAACCCAAUUGUGAAAUAGAGGACUAUUUUGUCUAGUUACAUAUAGGU